AUGGCCGAUCUCUUGUGCCAAUCUCUCCUUGUCUCCGUCGUCGUGGUGGUGCUACUCCAGAUCCUUAAGCUCUCCCUCCGGCCGAGAGCGAGGACACCACCUGGUCCGUGGAAGCUGCCUGUGAUCGGCAGCAUGCACCACCUGGUGAACGUGCUCCCGCACCGCGCCCUCAGGGACCUCGCCGCCGUCCACGGCCCGCUCAUGAUGCUCCAGCUCGGGGAGACCCCUCUCGUCGUUGUGUCGUCGAGGGAGAUGGCCCGCGAGGUGCUCAGGACGCACGACGCCAGCUUCGCCACCCGCCCCAGGCUCCUCGCCGGGGAGAUCGUGCUCUACGACUGUGCCGACAUCCUCUUCUCGCCUUCCGGCACCUACUGGCGCAAGCUCCGGCAGCUCUGCGCCGCCGAGAUACUGAGCCCCAGCCGUGUCCUUUCCUUCCGGCACAUCAGGGAGGAGGAGGUGAGGAGUCAGGUAGAAGACAUCCAUGCGGCCGGGCCAUCGACGCCGGUAGACGUCACCAUGACUUUCUAUGGCCUAGCUAUCGGCAUCGUCUCCCGGGCAUCCUUCGGAAAAAGGCAGAGGAAGAAGAGCGCCCAAGAGUUCCUGUCGGCGAUCAAGUCCGGGGUCGCACUGGCCAGCGGCUUCAAAAUCCCCGACCUUUUCCCGACCUUGCGCUCCGUUCUCGCCACAGCAACCGGCAUGCGCCGCACCUUGGAGGAUGUCCACAGGACGGUGGACUCCACCAUGAACGAGGUUUUAGAAGAGAGGAAAGCCGUCCGAGCUAGUUGCGGCGCGUCGGCCUCGGCCGUCGAGGAGAACCUCGUCGACGUUCUCAUCGGCCUACAAGAGAAAGGCGGCCUAGGGUUCAGCCUAAGCACGAACAGCAUCAAGGGCGUCAUACUCGACAUGUUCGUGGCUGGAACUGGCACGCUGGCGUCGUCGCUGGACUGGGGCAUGGCGGAGCUGAUGAGGAACCGGAGGGUGAUGGACAAGCUGCAGGGAGAGAUCCGGGAGGCCUUCCGUGGCAAGGCGGCCAUCAGCGAGAGCGACAUCGAGGCAAGCGGCGGUCUCCCCUACCUGAAGCUCGUCAUCAAGGAGAACCUCAGGUUGCACCCUCCGGUGCCGCUCCUGGUGCCCAGGGAGAGCGUCGAGGCUUGUGAGGUCGACGGAUACAUGAUUCCGGCUGGUUCGCGCAUCAUCGUCAAUGCGUGGGCUAUCGGGAGAGAUCCAAGCUACUGGGAGGACGCUGAGGAAUUCAGGCCCGAGCGGUUCGAAGAUUGCGCCGUCGAUUUCAUGGGCAGCGACUACGAGUUUCUGCCGUUCGGGGCCGGCCGGAGGAUGUGCCCAGGCAUCUCCUACGCGGUCCCCGUCUUGCAAAUGGCGCUUGUGCAGCUCUGCUACCACUUCGACUGGUCUCUGCCGGAGGGUGUCGCCGAGGUGGACAUGACGGAAGCGGAUGGCCUUGGCCUCCGCCGCAAGUCGCCGUUGCGGCUCUGUGCCACGCCAUUCGUCUCCGAGUCGAAGCACGACUAG